GGCAGGCUGGUAACACGUCACAGAAUGGGCGUGUUUCCUCGAGUUUGACAGUCUAGUGCACGCCAAACUAUGAAGCGCUUUUUCCUUUUAAUUUUCCAGUUUUUCUUUUCAUCUGCAGCGGGAAAGUGACCAAUUAAGCUAAUAUGGGGAAUAUCCUUGUCUGUGUAGUGCUUUAUCGUUAUUUCAUCCUCUUGCGUUCCGCCCGUUAAGUUUUUUCCGCCAGUGGUUGUGAAUUCACGACAAGUGUUUGCUGCUGAAUAACACACUAACAAUGACAAGUGUGAAGGCUUGGCCACUGCUUCUACUACCGCUUUCACUGGUCUCAAUGGGGACAGCAGACUGUCCGUUUCCUGUUUUGAAUGGCAAAAUUAUCUUGUCAUCGGAAUCCAUACUGAAGAAUAGCUUCCCAGACAAUUCAGUAGCGUUUGUGGAAUGUGCUAAAGGAUAUGUGAGAAAGGAAGGUUCGACUUCCAUCACCUGCCUGAAUGGGGUCUGGAGUGCUGUGGAAUUAAUCUGCAAAAAGAUAGACUGUGGAGAACCUACACGUUCACCGCAUAUGAGCUAUGUCAUCUCAGAUGGAACAUUGUUUGGUGCCUACAUAAAAACCAUAUGUGAGACGGGAUAUGAUCUGGAAGGAUCAAGCCACAGGCAAUGUCUUGUUUCUGGCUGGAGUGGAAAGGCUGAAUGUAUAUUGACAACAUGCAAUUUGCCAGAUCCAAUUGAACAUGGCAAGAUGAGUGCGCCCAGAGACAAACCUGAGUUUAAUGAUGUCAUUACAUUUUCCUGCGAUGAUAACUACAUCCUUGUUGGAAACAGCUUCAUUACAUGUGGUGAAUACGGGGAUUAUAGUUCACCACCUCCGAAAUGCAUAGCAAUCACAACACCAACAAAAGAAAGCACUACCACAAACAAAGCCACAACAACAGACAUGACAACAGACAUGACAACAGCCUCAAGCCGUUCACAUGCCAUCACAACACCAACAAAAGAAAGCACUACUACAAACAAAGCCACAACAACAGACAUGACAACAGACAUGACAACAGCCUCCAGCCAUUCACAUGGAGGACUUAUAGAAGCGCUCACUACUGGCUUUAUGAGUGCUUCGGCAAUUAUAGCUGCUGUCUUGGGUGGGAUUUCAGUAUAUCGUCAUUUAAAAUACAAAGGUUCAUACAAUACUGGUGAAGAACUGCGGACAAAAGAAGAGUUAUUGCUAAAUCAAAGUGUUUAAACUCAAGGGCAAACAAUCAGACGGCUCCUUUGCUUUAGCAUUAUUCCUGCACAUGGAUUCAUUGAAGUUU